UACCGCCUUACCUUGAAACCCCUUACCACCCGCCAGAUAUUCCCGCCUGGCUGCCUCUUCACUGUUCAGACUUCAGACUUCAGUUUUUCGUCUUAUCCGUCACUCCUCCCAACUGUUCAAGCAAAGAACCGGAAGAAGAAAUGCUCAAUUACUUCAAUUCAAUCCCUCAGCUUCGUAGACGGCAAAAGCUGAAGCCCCAGAGCUCGAAAUCAUGAAUUUUGACUCCAAUUCUUACGAAACCAAGUUACUCGAAACCCUAAACCACGAACUAGGAAGUUCUGAACAAUGUCCAAGAGACAGUCGUGGACAAUCGAUUCCGAUCUCGAUGGUAUUGAUCUCAGCCCUGAAGACUUCAAAGCCUCAGUUCCACUCAAGAAGGUUCCUGCCGGUGAUGUCUUCGAAGCUUCGAGGGCUGGAGAUGUUGAGAGGCUCCGGUACCUUAUUGAAUCCGGGGUCAACGUAAAUGCCAGAGACCAAUGGGAUUCUGUUGCCUUAUAUUACGCCUGUUUGGCGGGCCACCUUGAUGCAGCUAGGAUGCUUCUCGAGAGUGGAGCAAUCUGUUCCGAGCACACCUUUGACGGCGAUCGAUGUCAUUACGCUGCAUUGAAUCUCAAAGUGCGGAAGCUUCUCAAGGCUUUUGAAGCUCGGCCGCCGCCUUUGGGACCUUUGCAGGCUGCCUUGAGAGAGACCUUCUUGGGCUGCAGAGCUAACCGUCUUUAUCUCGAACAGUCGGGGAGUCCUACCAAUUGCCCAGGAUCUUCAUUCAAUGAUGCAUCCAAUUCCUACAACUUUCUCCCAGAUGUAGUGUUUUUUGUGCAAGGCAAGCCCAUUGAAGCUCACAGAAUAAUUUUAAGUGCUCGUUCAACUUUCUUUAAAAGGAAAUUUGAGACCGAUUGGAAAGGUCGCAGGGAAGUAAGGUUCUCAAGAGAGAAGUUGUCUUAUCCUGCCCUUUACAGCAUCAUCCAUUUCUUCUAUUCUGACAGACUUGAGAUUGCAGUGGAUGACAUGGAAGAUCUUGUAAGAAUUUGCAAAGUCUGCAAGUGUGAAGGGUUACAGAGGGUUCUUGAGAAGGAACUGAUUCACCAAAAGUAUGCUGAGUAUAAGUCAUUGCAAGAUAUAGAUAACUCGCAGAAGCGGUUUAUUUUGCAGGGGUUGUCCCUUCCAGAGCAAGAUCGGCUUCCUGCUGCCUUGUACCGAAUUCUUCAAAAUUCUCUUGCAAAGUCCAGUAAGGAAGAAGUCUUAGAAAAUGCAACUGAUGGAUUGGUAUCUUCUAUUGGGAAUAUUUCGAUGAGUUGUUAUGGAGAUGAUCUUGCAGAUGUUUGCAUAAGAGUUGGCAAAAGGAUUUUUCGCUGUCAUCAGGUGAUAUUGGCAUCACGUUCGGAAUACUUCAAAGCAAGGUUAUCUCGUAUGACAGAUUUUCUUGAAGGGAAAGAUGGAUCACCUGGUUAUGCUCUUCCUUUUCUUGAAGAACAUGAUUUAAGCACAGAGACUUUUGAGAAGAUGAUAGAGUACAUGUAUACUGAUGGUUUGAAGGAUAUAGAUCCAAAUCAGGUAUUUACCAUACAGUUUGAAGCAAUCUCUCUCUCUCUCUCUCUCACACACACACACACACACACACACACACUUGAUAAUUGGUAAUUUGGUAUUCGAUUGCACUAAUU